GCCGCACCCCACGACAUAUGAAUACGCGUCGAAGAAAAAUAAAAGUAACUUUUGACAGGCAGGAGUCGGACAGGAGGCUGAACGUUUAACAUGGAGCUCGACGCAGACAUGUCGUUGCAUGUGCUAGACAGUAAGGACCAAAAGCCCACGCUCGGGUCCUGCCUGAUGACCCUCCACUGUCACCGGUGCAGCACCGUGCUGGGAGACUCUCUGGCCGUGUGCGGGGACUUCAAAAUGACGGACUCCAUCAUGAUCGUCAGGGUAACAGACUCCGUCUCACUCAGUGAUAAGACAGGGUCGACAAAGGAUCGUGGAUUAAAAAACUGUCUUCACAGAGCCCUGGAGUGCUCCCGCUGCCAAUGCAUUAUUGGAGCCGUCGUUGACUCGACGCCAGUGCAUUUUGAGAUCCUGCGAUCCGUCUUUCUCCUGCAUAAGGAAAACAUCAACUGUUACAUCUUUGAGCAGAGUAAAAUGGUGAAGGCUUUGGACGUGGUGUUUGACCUGAAGCCCAUCAGUGAAAGCAUCACCGAGGCGAUCAAGGCGUUCCGAGCCCAGUCUGAUCACAUGUCUGUCCUUCACGACAGUCUGUGUGAGCUGGGGUCUCUGUAAGCCAGUUGUGUAAAAUGCAACCGUUGUUGUAUGUUUAUAUGUUUACUAUUCCGGUCAUGUUUUAUAAGUACAUCCCCAUUCUGAUGACGACUUGGACUAUUGUGUCCACAGUUUUGUAUAUGUUUUCAGUUCUGUACAUAUUGUAUUAUUAAAUCCACAUUCUGAUUAUGA